AUUCGAGCUCUUAUAUCCUAACCAAGCUCAACAAGCACUACCACUCCUUUUGCCCAAAUCAUACCAUGUUCAAUAUGUCUAGGGACCCAUUGGUCGUCGGGCAUGUCGUGGGGGAUAUUGUGGAUCCAUUCAUCACAACUGCAUCACUGAGGGUGUUCUACAACAAUAAGGAGAUGACAAAUGGUUCUGACCUUAAGCCAUCUCAAGUGAUGAAUGAGCCAAGGGUCCACAUCAGUGGGCGUGACAUGAGGACUCUCUACACACUUGUCAUGGUGGACCCAGAUGCACCAAGCCCCAGUAACCCCACUAAAAGAGAGAACCUUCACUGGUUGGUGACAGACAUUCCAGAGACAACUGAUGCCAGUUUCGGGAAUGAAAUAGUUCCAUAUGAGAGCCCACGUCCAACUGCCGGAAUCCAUCGCUUUGCAUUCGUCUUGUUCAGGCAGUCAGUCAGGCAGACCACCUAUGCGCCGGGGUGGAGAUCAAACUUUAACACAAGGGACUUCGCAGCCAUCUACAACCUUGGCUCCCCUGUCGCUGCAGUGUACUUCAACUGCCAGAGAGAGAACGGCUGUGGUGGAAGAAGGUACAUAAGGUGAUAUAUAUAUAGACGAAGCUGUGUCAUAAUACAACGUAGUUGUGUGUUUACGUCUCUCUGAAGGCAGAAAAGAUAUAUAGCGGCAGCAAACUGGGGUACAAGUACACCCUAGCUAAAUGAAAAAUAUAUGCUUUGUGUUUGCAUGAUUGUUGGUGAGCAUUGUAAGUACGAUGUUCACAAUAAUAAAAGCUAUUAUUCU